AUGAUCCACCGUCCAUCGCAAUCCAAGAUGAACGACGACGAUGACAUGGAACCCGCCGCCGCGCCGCGAUUUAAUCGAACACUCUCCAUGGUUGGUAAGGCCCCGGGGAAGCAGCAAAAUGUCCGUGCCGCGCAGCCACGUCAGCAGAGAGCGGCGCCGCAGCAGGCGCAUCCGGACGAUGACGAGGAUCCGACGGAAUCGGAUCUCGGACGGUCGAUGACGAUGGGGAGCAAGCCGCGGGGGAGACCCGCGGCGGGUUUUCCGCAGCAAGGGGGGGGGAUGGGAGGGGGAGGGGGAGGCGGAGGAGGGGGAGAUGGAAGCGGGGAGGAGCAGCUGGGACGAUCGCUGACGCAAGUCGAUGCGCGCAGACGGGCGGGCGGGGGACGCGGGGCAGGUGCAGCGGGCAGAAGCGGAAGCCCCGCGCAAAGCGGGAUACGCAAGUCCGCAAGCGGCGCAAGCCGGUCGCGGUCCCCCAUGGGCGCGGGCGCGGGCGGGGAGGAUUCGAUGAACAUGCAGGGAAUGCAGCAGGCGCUGCCGCAACAGCCGCUGCUCAAGUCCGCGCUUAAGCGCAGCAGCGCGGCGCAAACGCCCACGGGCUACGGCGGCGGCGGGUUCGGCGGGGACGAUGGCGGCGCGUACGGCGGCGGUCAGAUGAUGGGCGGAGGGGGAGGGGGAAGGGGAGGCAGGGCGGGGGGCGCUGUGCCAAACCCGCAAGGGGGGUACGAUAGGUCCGGGAGCCCGUUCCGCGCAGGCGGGGGGCAGUACCCUGGGGGGGAUGGUAACGUUUACUCCCCUCAAGGCGGAAUGGGAUACGAGGCGGAGGGGUAUCAAGACGGGAUGUACGGUCAGGAUCCGCAGCAGCAUUACGGGCAAGAGCAGCAGUUUCAGCAGACGCCACGUCAGCAGCAGCAGUGGGCGGGCGCGCAGGGGGGUAAUUCCGGGCGGAUGAUGGGGGGAGGCGGAAGUGGGUCGGGUAUGGGGCCUGGGCGGAAGAUGGGGGGAGGGGGCCAGCAACAGAUGAUGCAGCAGCAGCAGGGGCAGGUGCAGGCGCAGGGGCAGCAAGGGGUGGAAGACGAGUAUUACGGGGCGGGCGCGGGGAACAUGUCUGAUGCGUCGGAUACGAAUUUCACGCGGCGGCUGCAGCACAUGCAGGCGCAGCAGCAACAGGACGAGGCGGCCUCGCUGCCCAUGCUGCCCCCGCCCAGCGCGCCGCAAGUCGUGCAGCGCUGCUCCCAGCUACUGGAAGUGCCUCUGCAGCUUCCUCCCGCUAAGAAGGGCGUCCAGAAGCUACGCUGCGGCAAGUGCCUGCGAGUCUCUCGCUUCCAGGUCAACCCUGCUGACCCGCGUUUCGCCAACCAACUGCCGCCAAGUCAGCAGCCGCCGCCGCCACAGCCGCCAGCUCAGCAGCAUCCCAAUCAGCAGCUGCAGGGCGCCGGGGGGAGCGGGCGCUUCCCCUCCCCCUCCCCGCUUCAGCAGCAGCAGAGGGGGGGGAGUGGGACCGGAUAUGACAGUGAUGGUAACGCGAGCAUGAGCGGAGGGGGGGGCGCAGGGGGAGGGGGAGGGUUCCGCCCAGGCAUGGGGCCAGGCGGAGGGGGAGGCCCCCCCCCCCCCAACCACAUGCGCUCGCUUUCUAGGGAGUCUGAUGAUUAUAUGGCGGAAGGGGGCGGGGGCGGAGGGAUGGGGGGCGGAAUGGGCGGGCAAGGGGGAGGAGCAGUCGGGGGGAGAGGGCCCGGGGGAAGGGGGAGAGGCGGGGGGAGGAUGGGGGCGGGGAGAGGCGGGGGGGUUAUGGGCAGGAGGGGCCCGGGGGGGAUGGGCAGGCAGGGGGGAGUGGAAGGGGGGGAAAUGGCUGCGCCGUCUUAUGGGCACAACCAGCAGCAGCAGGGGAUGGGCGGGGGGCCGGGGGGAAGCAUGGGCGGAAGCAUGGGCGGAAGCAUGGGCGGAAACAUGGGCGGACACAUGGGCGGAGGCAUGGGGGGAAACAUGGGGGGAGGCAUGGGGGGAGGAAUGGGGGAGGAGGAUGGGAUGAUGUAUAGCCGGCAGGUGAUGGUGAAUGGGCAGGCAUUGCCGGAUGAGUAUGUGGCUGUGGCAGAGCAGCGGGCGGGACCCAUUCACCCGGGCAACUACUGGUAUGAUGACGUGGCAGGCUUCUGGGGUGAGAUGGGUGGGCCAUGCCUCGGCAUCAUUCCGCCUGGCAUUGACUUUGGCGUGCCGAUUCCCCAGUCCUGCGCGGGGGGCGCAACCCGCGUGUAUGUGAACGGCAGGGAGCUGCACCACAGGGACCUGGAGCGGCUGAUGAAGAGAGGGUUACCGGGCACGCCGGACUGCGGUUACCGCAUUGAGAUCACGGGCAACGUGUUUGAUGAGGAGACCGGGGAGUACCUGCUCUGCCUGGGGAAGCUCGCCCCCUCGUGA